CUGGACGGAGAUUGUUGGAACGAAACAACGCAAGAAGCGUUCGACCCCUCGCUUCUUGCGUCCCGCCCACGCUCCGGCAGGGUUCUCCCGGGCUUUUUGAUUUCUUGGGUCUUGGACCUCAGGGUCUUAACUUUAUGCAGACACGGAAAACAGACCCUGGCCGGUUGACCUUCAGCUCUUGUGCCAUCUGAGCUAGUCGUGGCGUAACACCGCACGUUUGUGUGAAACGAAACGCUGUGUGUGGAGACAGGAGGGAUAAGCUGGGAAGACUACAGCCUCAGCCUCACCAUGAGCAUAAGGAGGCUUUUCCAGCCUUCUGCUCUCCACUGGGCAUGGAGGACGGCUGCCAUGAAAAGUACCCUGGGCAGGCAGCAGGGAGCCCUACGCUGGACACAUUCUGGAGGCCGCAGCUACAGAGCCGUCAUUUUUGACAUGGGGGGAGUUCUCGUGCCUUCUCCAGGGACAGUGGCUGCUGAGUGGGAGGUGCAGAAUCGUGUUCCUUCUGGGACCAUAGUGAAGGCCUUGAUCAGAGACGGCGACAGCGGACCCUGGAUGAGGUUUAUGAGAGGAGAGAUGACGACAGAGGCCUUCUUGGAAGAAUUCGGGAGAGUGUGCUCUGAAAUCGCAAAGACUUCCGUGCCUGUGGAUUCAUUUUUCUCUCUGCUGACCAGUGAAACAGUGGCCAAGCCAUUCCCAGUGAUGACACAGGCCAUCUCUCAGAUCAGAGCGGGAGGCCUUCAGACCGCAGUCUUGACCAAUAACUUUUGUCUCUCCAAUGGGAAAAGCUUUUUGCCCCUGGACCGGAAACAGUUUGACGUGGUGGUGGAGUCCUGCCUGGAAGGCGUCUGUAAACCAGACCUCAGGAUAUAUCAGCUGUGCCUGCAGCGGCUAAACCUGCAACCCUCAGAGGCCAUUUUCCUGGAUGACCUGGGACCCAAUCUGAAAGCAGCCGCCAGCCUGGGCAUUCACACCAUUAAGGUUGACCAUCCCGAGACAGCGGUGAAGGAGUUGGAAGCUCUUCUGGGGUUCCCGUUGUGUGGGGGUAUCCCCAACACUCGUCCUGUGAGGAAGACCAUGGAGAUUCCAAAGGAUGCCCUGGAGAAAUACCUGAAGGGCUUGCUGGGGACCCACAGCACUGGGCCCAUGGAGAUCCUUCAGUUUGACCAUGGACAGUCAAAUCCAACGUAUUUCAUCAGGCUGGCUGACCGGCAGCUGGUUCUGAGGAAGAAACCCCCAGGGACCCUCCUUCCCUCUGCCCAUGCCAUAGAGAGGGAGUUCAGGAUAAUGAAAGCCCUUGGGAAUGCUGGUGUCCCUGUUCCCACUGUCCUUGACCUCUGUGAAGACUCAAGCAUCAUCGGUACCCCCUUCUACUUGAUGGAGUACUGCCCAGGCAUCAUCUACAAAGACCCCUCGCUGCCAGGCUUGGAGCCCCGCCAGCGGCAAGCCAUAUACACGGCCAUGAACCAAGUCCUGUGCAGAAUUCACAGUGUGGACCUGCAGGCCGCGGGCCUGGACAGCUUCGGGAAGCAAGGGGACUAUAUUCGUCGCCAGGUACAGACCUGGACCAAGCAGUACCGAGCAGCGGAGACCGGCAGCAGCAUCCCAGCAAUGGAGAGGCUUAUCCAGUGGCUGCCGCAGCACCUUCCCAGGCAACAGAGAACCACAGUGGUGCAUGGCGACUUCAGGCUGGACAACCUGAUGUUCCAUCCCGAAAAGGCGGAGGUGCUCGCCGUCCUGGACUGGGAACUCUCGACCUUAGGGGACCCCUUUGCCGACGUGGCCUACAGCUGCCUGGCUCACUACCUACCGUCCAGCUUUCCCAUGCUGAGAGGGUUCAGGGACCAGGAUGUGACACAGCUGGGCAUCCCAACGGCAGAGGAGUACUUCAGGAUGUACUGUCUUCACAUGGGCCUCCCGCCCAUCGACAACUGGAACUUCUACAUGGCUUUCUCGUUUUUCCGCGUGGCGGCGAUUCUUCAGGGAGUCUACAAGCGGUCCCUCACAGGACAGGCAAGCUCGGCAACAGCCAGACAAAGCGGGAAGCUCACCGAGUUCAUGGCUGAGCUGGCGUGGGACUUCGCCACCAAAGAAGGGUUCCGGGUUUUCAAGGAGAUGCCAGCCGCCAAACCACAAGUGAGAUCCUACCAUGCAUGGGCCGGGUCACGGCCCCCCCAGCCGACCCCCACGGGUGUGAGGCGUUACAGUGCCGCAGCAGGUGCUUCCCCUGCUCAGGAGGCAAAGGGAGGCCUGAUCAUCUCUCCAGAGGGCCUCGCUCCUCGGGUCAGAAAGUUGUAUGACCGGCUGUUGCGGUUUAUGGAACAGAACGUGUACCCCCUGGAACCAGAGCUGCAGAGACACCAGGCCUCGGCUGACAGGUGGACCCCUUCCCCGCUGAUAGAAGACCUCAAGGAGAAAGCCAAGGCUGAAGGGCUUUGGAACCUUUUCUUACCCUUGGAGACAGAUCCUGAGAAAAAAUACGGAGCAGGGCUGACUAACGUGGAGUACGCACAUCUGUGUGAAGUAAUGGGCAUGUCCCUGUAUGCUUCUGAGAUAUUUAAUUGUUCUGCCCCGGAUACGGGGAACAUGGAGCUCCUGGUGCGGUAUGGCACCGAGGAACAGAAGGCCCGCUGGCUGGUGCCACUGCUGGAGGGCAGGAUCCGCUCCUGCUUCGCCAUGACUGAGCCCCAGGUGGCCUCGUCAGAUGCCUCCAAUAUUGAGGCUUCCAUCAGAGAGGAAGGUGGCUCCUAUGUCAUAAAUGGUCGCAAGUGGUGGAUCUCAGGCAUCCUGGAUCCACGCUGCAAACUCUGUGUGUUUAUGGGGAAAACAGACCCACAGGCUCCGAGGCACCAGCAGCAGUCCAUGGUCUUGGUUCCCAUGGACACCCCAGGAAUCCAUGUCAUCCGGCCUUUGUCAGUGUAUGGGCUGGAGGAUGCUCCAGGGGGCCAUGGUGAAGUACAUUUCAAGGACGUGCGUGUGCCCAAGGAGAACAUAAUCCUGGGCCCCGGUCGAGGCUUUGAGAUCGCGCAGGGCAGGCUGGGGCCUGGCCGGAUCCAUCACUGCAUGAGGCUGAUUGGGUAUUCGGAGAGGGCCCUGGCACUCAUGAAGACACGCGUGACGUCCCGCACGGCCUUCGGGAAGCCCCUUGUGGAGCAUGGCACCAUCCUGGCAGACAUUGCCCGGUCACGUGUGGACAUCGAGCAGGCUCGGCUGUUGGUGCUAAAAGCCGCCCACCUCAUGGAUGUGGCAGGAAACAAGGCUGCAGCUUUAGAGAUUGCCAUGAUCAAAAUGGUAGCCCCGUCCAUGGCCUAUCAAGUAAUUGACCGUGCUAUUCAGGCCUUCGGAGCAGGGGGCCUGAGCAGCGACUACCCCCUGGCCCAGUUCUUUGCCUGGGCCCGAGCCCUGCGCUUUGCUGAUGGCCCAGAUGAGGUACACCGGCUGACCGUGGCUAAGAUGGAAAUGAAGAAUCCCAGCAGGCUACAGGAGCCAGCAGCGCCCAGAGUGUAGAUUCUGUGCUUGGAAAGGCCAGGCUGUAGGAAUCUGGACACCUGUGUGCCGUGUUCUCUCUAGAGGCGAUGGGGUUCCUUCUCAGGCCUUCUAGGAACGCCGAGGCUGCAGACCACAGCUGAUGUUCCUGGGAACUGGGAUGAAACCACUGUGUGAGCACUGGAGUGCCCACAUCAUGGGAUACUGACUCAGAUGCCCUGUUCGAAAGGGGCUGUUGGGACACACAGUCUGUGUACCUCCUGUGUCACACCAAGGACAUGGGAAUAAAGGCUCCCAUAGCUCCUGUGACUCAGGUGCCCGUGGCUUCCUCAAGUCUCUGCUGCUUCCCCUACACCGGCCCCAUAUGCCAGGGCACCUUGGCUCAUGGAUGCCAUGGCUCCUGAUUCUCCCAAUGUCUUCCCAUCCCCUCACCACCAGAAAACCUCACCAGGGGAACCAUGCCAUCCGAGUGAGAUCCCGGUUGACUGCGACACUCUGUCACCCAUCAGCAGUCACGGUGGGGCAUGAGGGAAGUCAGACGAGAUGCUGCUGAGAUCGGAAGAGUAAUGUGUCCUCCCUGAGGAUCGGGGGGUGGCCACCUUGGCAAGGUCUGAGGUCUUACAGGAACAGGGGCCUCAUGAGACCAGAAAAGAUGAAGAAGCCGUGGCUGGGAGGACUCGGCUUGAAGAUGCAGCCACAGCCCGUCUCUGGGCAGCAAGCUGGGCCGGCACCAUCACAUGCUGUACUGUGGACCUGACCUCAGGGUACCUGCUUCCUCCGAAUGGACUUGAUGCUGCAGCCUGGGCCGUGCACUCUAGAGUGCGCGGUCACCACAGGCUCCUGACUCAGUUUCUCAGGUGUGCUGGGAACACAGGUGCCACCGCACCUGAGGGACGGUUCCCGAAGGACGAUCGAUGAAGUGCCCACCGAUCACUGUCAGCGCCAGCACACCGGCAGAUUCCUGCCACCUCAGUCCCACCUCUGUUUCAGGCCUGGGAGAAAAAAGAGGGGUUCAUAAAAAAACAUGACGUGGCAUAUUAUGUGGCCCUAAGAAUGCCUCUUGUGCCUCCUGAGUUAAGUUAACCUUGCUCUACUGCACGCCAAUGUAUGAUACACCCCACAUCUCCCUCAGAUUCGCUGCUUCAAGGCCCGGAUACACCGGCAUUGUGUAAGCCCCUGGCCUUAACCACUGAGCUAUCCGCACAAAUCCCAGUGUGGGUUUGUGAAAGAGCCUGCCAGGGCUGGGGAGGAGGCAAGGCCGGGGAAAAUGCUUCCUGCACAGGCAUGGGCUCCUGAGUCUGGGUUCCAGAACCCGCAUGGGAAAGCGGAGUGUGUGGCACAUACUUGUGAUCACCGGGAGGGUGGCGACAGGAGGGUCGCUGUGGCUCACUGGCCAGCCCUGCCUGCUUGCUCAGUUCUAGGCCCAUCUCAGAAAUAAAGAUGGCCUGGUCCUGGAGAGUUACACCAGAGGUUGUCCUCUGGCCUCCAGAGACACACAAGAAACACACACACACACACACACACACACACAGAGAGAGAGAGAGAGAGAGAGAGAGAGAGAGAGAGAGAGAGAGAGAGAGAAUGACUCUCUCUUUUUUUUUUUAAAGAUUUGUUUGUUAUGUAUACAGAGUUCAUUCUGCCUGUAUAAGGAGGCACUGGAUCUCAUUACAGAUGGUUGUGAGCCACCCUGUGGGAAUCGAACUCAGAAUCUCUGGAAGAGCAGCCAGUGCUCCUCACCUCUUGAGAUAAUCGCACCAGCUCCUGUAAAUGACUUUUUAUUCUUCAAAGUUGUGGGGGUUUGAAUUAAAUUUAUAUGAGUAUGUAAUGAA